CCUCUUCCUCUACAGUUGCACAUACUUUACAGGAUAUUGCACACCUUGGUCCGCUCCCUUUAACACACGCCUAGGCGUCCUUAGCACAUGGACAACAUGGGGGAUAAAGGAAGCUGUAAUAUACCGUCCCAAUCCAAAUAUCCCCAGAGUCACGAUGGUUCGAGCACACGUGUCCACCUCUCAAUGCCUCAGAUGGUAUUUUGGCUGGGGGUAGUGAAUACGGCAGCGGAAGAAAAUACUUACUUCGAAGCCUCAGCAAGUCUCAGGACGACUCGGACUUAGACGUGCCUCAAUAUUUUUCCAGCACCCCUUUUCAAAAUAACAGAAUUUCGACCUGCCCUAAGCGCGCCCCAGCCUGCAGUCUCACUGGUUGGAUGACUUUCCCUCCACAGGUUGUCCCGCAGUAUGAGCCACUAGACUUCACAGAUGCGCCUGAGACGCCAUUAGGAGAUGUAGAGGUGCUGACUGAUGCAUAUAUUGAGCAAUCAACGGCCCUCCGACGAUGGGCUUGGCGGAAGAAUGAGGACAGAAAGCUAUUACGUAGCGUCAAGCAGGACAGGAAACAAACCGGCAUGCUAGAGGUCUACCGUCGAGUUUCCAUCCAAGCGCCGAACCUACCCACUCGAUUGCUUGCUCAGGCCAUGGCAGAGGAGAUACAGGAUGAGAUGACCCCUGACUACAAGAGAAUUGCUCGACAGGACCGGAUGCUUCUUGACGAGCUCCAGCACACUUUUACAAUGUUUGUCGAUAUCAAGAGCUACGAAGACCACGCAGCCACUCGGCAAUGCGCAUUGGAGCUUAGAAGACAACAAGAGCACCCUCCAUAUAAACCUGAGCCUCGCAGGCGUGAGCCAUCAAAAGCGGUACGCCUGUUCGGUUCCUACGUAUUUCUACCUUCCCAUUCCACUCUCCCGGCAGACAAUCGACUAUAUUUCUGGGGCUCUCCUCUGGAAGUUGUGAACAUGACAUUCGAUGAGGCGGUGGUUGCUGGCGUCGAGGACCUCGGCGAUUCUCAAGUGUCUUUGGCCCCGAACUCACCACCGGUGCCUCCCUCUGGAUCACCAGGGCCGCUGCUACUCCUAGCUGACGCAAUGUUCCCCUUUGAAGAGCACCUAGGCCCGGCCCUCGACAGGUCUAGGAUUCCGGAUUGGUUUCUCUUCCUCGAGGAUACCGAAAAGCUCGGCGUGGCGGGCAAAGACAGUCAAGGCCGAUGGAACCGGCUACUCAACCAGAUUGUUACCCUACAGAAGGACAUCGAGUCCGGAAAGAAUGGAGAAAAGCCGAAGUCGACUUGGGAUAAAGAGUGGCACGAGCCAAGUCCUCAGUGGCCACUCCCACACCGGCAGCAGAAAGGCGGUUGGUGGAAAUGCCGACUAGGACCCGAUGCCCCGGCGGCCGAACGGGAAUGUCACAUAUGUCAUGACGGGUCCGCGCAACUAAAACAACCACGGCCGGAGGCGGACCCCGAAGAGAUACUCGCCGAGAUUUUGGAUGCUAUCGCGAAGGCAAUGAAACUGGUGGCGGACAAAGACAAGAGGGUCAUUGCGGAACGAUCGCGCCAACUUGAGAAUGGCUUCGGCGAGCAAUUUUUGAAAGAGGUGCACGAGAGCAUCUAUGCGCCCCCCGACGAUGGGUCGCGACGACAACCUUACAGCCUCCUUCGAGGGUACGAAGAUUGAACGGUGGUCCGCUGGGGUCGCGUUUCUGUUUUGCCACUACAGGCUCGGUAUGAGGGGGGGGUCUAGCGGUCGUACGGUACGACGAAGUCCAGAUCUGGACAACAGAGGGGAUCAGGUGAGCUCGUCACUACGACACUCAACAGAGACAGAAGGUA